CUUUGCUGUCGGCUCGGAUGUUGUAACGUUAGCGUUAGCAUUAGCCUUAGCAGCGGUGCCGGGGAGCUGUUUUUUUUUUUUAAACGGCUGUUCGGUUAUUAUUAAGUCGGGAUACGUUUUUAGAUGAUUCCUGCCUGGAUUAUAACAUUUAGGACGCUGAGCUUACAGCUUUCCCCGGGAUGGAACAGCUAGCUGCUGGCAGGCUAGCCAACGGCUGAGGAUGACAGUUCAUAAGGAGAACUCCUAUCCAGAGGAGAAGCUCUCCGUCUAGGAGUGAAGGUGUGGAAAAUUUUCAGCAUCUGUAAAGCAUCAUUGGAUACAGCUCACAAUGGGAAGGAUUAGUAUUUCCUGCUUGUUUCCAGCAUCAUGGCACUUCAGCUUCUCUCCUGCCGUGUUCCCCCGCUUCAUGCUUCCCUCAUCCAGGCAGCUGCUCCUGUGCGGUUCAGUGCUGGUGCUUGCGGGUCUUCUCUACCUGCUGCUGGUCACAGGCAAAAGCCAGACCAUCUGGCAUCAAGAUAAGCACUAUCACAGGCAUUUGUCACGGGUAACGGACAUGGAGGCCACAGACACAAGUAACCCCAACCUGAACUAUGGCGUGGUGGUGGACUGCGGAAGCAGUGGCUCGCGUGUGUUUGUGUACACCUGGCCUCGGCACAACGGAAACCCUCACGACUUGCUGGACAUCCGGCAAAUGAGAGACCAGAACCGCAAACCGGUUGUCAUGAAAAUUAAACCAGGUAUUUCUGAAUAUGCAACAACACCAGGAAAAGCCAGUGAUUACAUGUACCCUCUGCUAAGCUUUGCUGCUGAACACAUUCCCAAGGCCAAGCACCAGGAAACCCCUUUAUACAUACUGUGCACUGCAGGAAUGAGGGUUCUGCCCGAGAGUCAGCAGGAGGCUCUACUGGAGGAUUUGCGAACGGACAUUCCUGUGAAUUUUAACUUCCUCUUUUCCGACUCUCAUGUGGAAGUCAUUUCAGGAAAGCAGGAGGGUGUAUAUGCAUGGAUUGGGAUUAACUUUGUGCUAGGAAGGUUCAAUCACAUCGACGAUGACAACGACGAGGUCGUGGAGGUGCAGGUUCCCGGCGGAGACCAGCAGGAGACGUUGGUGCGCAGACGCACGGCCGGAGUGUUGGACAUGGGCGGCGUCUCCACUCAGAUAGCAUACGAAGUGCCCAAAACUGUAAGCUUUGCUUCCCAAAAACAGGAAGAGGUGGCUAAGAAUUUGCUGGCAGAGUUUAACCUCGGCUGUGAUGCUCAUCGCACUGAACACGUGUACCGGGUUUAUGUUUCGACGUUCCUCGGAUUUGGUGGGAAUGCAGCGCGCCAGAGAUACGAGGAAAACCUCAUUAGCAACACUCGCCUCCAAAACAAGCAACUGGAUCAGCAUCUUGGAGAGACUCUUGACUCCCCUGUGCUCGACCCGUGCCUGCCCUCAGACCUCCAAGACGAGGUCGGCCCCCCUGGUCAGAAGCUACACCUGCGUGGGAGCGGAAAUUUCGAGCAGUGUCGUCUGCAGCUGCAGCCCUUCCUUAACCGCACCAACGAGACCACCACUUCGCUCAACGGUGUAUACCAGGCCCCCAUUGACUUCACCAACAGCCAGUUCUAUGGCUUCUCAGAGUUCUACUACUGUACUGAGGAUGUGCUGCGCAUGGGCGGAGAUUACAACUCUACCAAAUAUGCCAAUGCUGCAAAGGACUACUGUGCUACCCAGUGGAAAAUUUUAAGGGAACGUUUUGACCGCGGUCUUUAUGCCUCUCAUGCAGACUUGCACAGGCUGAAGUACCAGUGUUUUAAAUCAGCUUGGUUAUAUGAGGUGUUUCACUCCGGGUUCUCCUUUCCUCGAGGCUAUGAGAACCUAAGAACGGCUCUGCUCGUCUAUGAUAAAGAGGUCCAGUGGACUCUGGGAGCCAUUUUGUACCGCACACGGUUCCUACCUCUGAGGGACAUCCAGCAGGAGAGUCUAAAGGGCUCGCACUCGCACUGGCACCGUGGCUUCACCUUCAUGAACAAUCAUUAUCUCUUCUUGGUCUGCUUUAUGGUGGUGCUCCUUUCCAUUAUGCUCUAUGUUCUUCGACUGAGGCGUAUUCACCGCAGAGCAGCACUGAACCGCGGACCUUCAGUCCAAUGGUUGGAAGAAGGGCUGAGCUCUCCAGGCCUUCCAGUCACUUUAUAGGGCAUGAACAAAUCAAAAAGCUGGAUGAGACUCUUUUGACUUGAAUAUAUAUAUUUUUAAAUAUGUGGUAGAGCCUGUGAAGUCCUGUGAAUCAUGCACCACUCCAAAGCCUGAAGGAGGGGCUUGGGGCUUUUAAAGUCAUGUGGAUCGUCCUAUAUGAUUUGGAACCUUCUGGUCUUCAUUGACUCAUGACCUCUCUUCCUUCCCAGCCCUAAUUUUUGGGACUGAUUCUUAAGUUUUUCGCUAUGAUGUUGGUAAAUUACUUUUAAGGAGUGAAAGGCCAGUGGAAAAUGCUUUUCAGUGCAAUCAUUUUUCAUCAAGACUCCAGGAUGCCUGGUGAGCCGGACAUUACGAGUUCAGUUCGGCUAUUAAGUUCAGAAAAUUAAAGACAGCUUGUGUUGCCUUUAAAAAUUGUUAAUGUGAAAAGAACUGAAUGCGAGGUUAGAAUGAGGUUUAUCUGUGUACUCUUUGCAACGAUCUGAGGCCCUGUCCAUAUUUUAUACAUCUUAUAAAUACAUCUACAGAUGGAUUUGAAAAAUUCCUAUUUAGAAAAAUAAGUAUGCAUGCCAACCAGUAGGUGGCAGUAGCUUAUUAAAAGCAAAGGUCUCUCUGACGGGAUCCAACCACUACCCAUCCCACACCAGUUUGUAUUGUGGACUUUAAACCAGAGCCAAAUUGCAGAGGAGACAUAGCAUAUAUUUUCAUGGCCAAUUUGUAGAUCUUGACCAUUUGAGUCAACAAGUAACAGGCCAAGUUAAAUUUGAUCAGUUAAUUGAGAAUCACAACUAACAUUUCUUUAAAGUAAUGCAUAGCAGGGAUGCGAGUAACCAGGGACAAACUGAUGUACUAUUAAGAUACCUGGGUGGUGAUUUGAUUUGUAUUGUGAUUCUGUAAGAUUUUAUUUUUAAGUCAGUGUGUCGAGACAUGUAUUGCCACACUAAAAAAAUUUCGAUGCGUAACCGAAACGACACCACCUCCAUCCCUAAUGCUUAGUGUUAAAUACUCAAAUUAAUAUUUAGCUAGCCAGCCACCUAAACUAUACCACUGCAAUGUACACACUUUAAAGCAGCAGUUCGCACACAAGCUAAAUAACUUUUGGCCAAAUUACUUCUAAUUAAAACUUGAGAUUUUUAGAUAUUUGCUGAUCACAUUUAACAAAAGCCUCUGAACUUGUUGAUUCCUGGCUAAAUCAGGAUGUGGUAGCAAAGGUACUGAACCUGUAUUAUUUAUGUUCUUAUUUAUAUUUUGUCCCAGAAAUAUCUUAGAUAAGAACAACCUUUUGUCCAGAGAUUUCACACUCCUGUGAGUGGUUUUAUAAGCAGUUUUUUUCCUCCAUUUAUUCUUGCAUUCAGACCUUUAACAGCUUUUUAUUUCAAUAUGAUUUGGUCAUAAGUUAACUAAUGUUAUCGUCCUCCUCGGUUUUAAUUCAUUCCAUUCAGAAAUAAGCAUUCAGAAAGUGACCCAGUGUGUGUAGGGAUGUGUAUGGUAAGGUACUGAGAGUACUAGUCACGAGAAUAGCAUUUGGACUAUUUAGUAGGUGACACUGUAUUGCUAUUUAUUUGUUUUUUUCGCCUUGGACUGUUAGUUUUUUCUAGCCUUACUAGCUCGGUGUUUUAACUACUUUUUUUUUCUUUAAUGCUGUAGUUGGUGCCAGUCUUGUAUUUUUUAAAUGAGUUAUUUAAUAGUAAUGAGAUGAUGGUUGUAUUUUUUUUCAGUCUUAAUAGAAGUAUGAUGAGAAACAGUGCAAUAUUCAUGUAAAACCGAACACAUGCAAACACCAUUAUUUCCUCCCCCUAUAUAGAGUUGCACCUUGAUGCCUGGGAUUUCUUCAGAGGUGUAGUUGUGUACGUUAAGUCGAACACAGUCAAGUUUUAAUGAGUUAAACGUGAUUUCUCUUACAGAGUCUCCUACAAGUGUGUGAAAAAAAAUUGUGGAAUCAUUACUGCUGUUAAUUUGCCAAAGAGUAAAAAAAGAGAAUGUCUUUACCUUACCAGAGUGUUUUAUAUCAUUCAAAACUCUGCAUUACAAGCCAUCGUUUUUGGCAUCAUGUUUGAGAGUCGUUCACGCGCCAGACCUGUAACAUGCAUGUGGGAAACAGUUCGACCAGAAAUGUUACGUUCUUAUGAUUAAACCAAAACUUGACCUUCCAGAGUCUUUAUUGUUAUUUUGUAACCUAAAAAGAUAAAACAUACCAUUCCAGUCAAUCAUUUGGAGUCAAUACAGUUCAAUCACUGUUUAUCCUGAUUUCUUUUUUUUUUCUCUUUUUUUUGUGUGUUUUGUCUGUGCCAUGGUGAUUGAAUAAAGAAAUUAUUAUACAUCUCAUCCAAAGUGCUAUGUAGUUCAACACUUUAACCACCUGUGUGUAUUUAUGAUAUAAACAUAUCAUGUGAUACUGCUGCAGGCACUGGUGCCUUAGUGGUAGGUAUUUCGCCUGACAUGCAGAAUGCCCGGGUCCGAUUCCCAGCCAGUGCCCAAACCCAUAAACAAACAGUUUAUGUUUGUGAUGAUUAUAAAUGAUUUUUGCAGGUGAAAUUUAACUAUAUAGUUGCUGGAAAAUUGCAACUCAAGUGCUCAAGGAUGCAUUGUUCUUGGAAAUUCAUUUACACAAGUACAAGUGAUACCUGUAACACGUCAUCAUUAAUGUAUUUUCUGUUAAUAGUGCACCUCAAGGGUUUAACUCCUCAAAUAAACUGCUUGAAGCCUGUUA